AUGUUCGUAUCUUCGAUAGCCGAUUCAGCAACAUCUGGUCUAAGCAGUGCUGAAAAUACCGGCCAGAAAUACCAAGACGCCUACCUCUCAACAGGCUUCAGAUCCGGCGUCGCUUCUGGAAUCAAACAAGUAUUUGGAGCUGAAGAUGUCGUGAAUGAAGUCUGUGUUGAAUGCAACAGGCAUCUUACUCAGGGUAAUGAUGUCUUUCCAGGUCCAGCUGAUAAAGGAGGAUUUAUCUAUUGCGCAAACUGUUAUGCGCGUCAUUUCAAGAAGGGCGACUGCCAAGCUUGUUCUCAACCUGUAGUUGGACUGGGUCGACAAUAUGUUGAAAUGAGUGGGAAAUUCUGGCACAAGGAAUGCUUCACCGAAGGAAAAUCAUGCCAAGAGUGCAGUCAAGUAAUCUUUGGAGAAGGAAUUCAAGCCUUGAACCGCUUCUACCACCCAAAUUGCUUUAGAUGCUUCAACUGCCAAACACACCUAACAUCCACAUUCAUCGACUUUAAUAAUGAACCAUGCUGCUAUCCAUGCCGAGACAAGAUUGCUCUUCAGAGACCUGGCGCCCUUAAGGCUGGAUCAGGCACCGAAUCCACACCCAAAGUAUCAUCCAUGAACAACAAUGCAGCAAUAUCAGCCCACAACACCGCACUCCAACAAUUCAACGACCGUAAAAACGUCCCAGACCUCUCCAGACGCUGCGACAAAUGUCUCGAAGUCGUCACCAAUGGAGGCACCCAACUCCCGAAUGGACUCUUAUACCACAACCACUGUUUUACUUGUGCCGAAUGCUCGAAGCAGAUAACAGGACGAUUUGUAUCUGAAGACAGGAAGUCGUACCACCCUGAAUGUCGUCAGGUUGUAGUUGCUGCUAAGGGCACUCUGACGUGUCAGAAAUGUAAGAAGGGUGUUAGUGGGAGGUUUAUUAAGGCUGAGGAUUUGGUUUAUCAUGAAACAUGCUUCACGUGUGUUUCGUGUAGUAAGUCGCUGGCUGCUGAACCGUAUGGUGACUCUGGGAAUGGGCCCAUUUGUGAGCCGUGUUUAAAGAAUAAGAUGUCUUCUGUGCAAGUUAGUGGUGGGCCUCAAAUUUAUGGACAACGACAGCCUGGAUUCACCGUCAACCCAAUGACUGGUGAACGCCAAGUCGGACCCAAGGACAAUUCAGCAUUGAAGGCAUUAGGAGGUUCCAUGACGUGUCCUGGUUGCAAGAAGGCUACGUUUGCUUUGGACCAAGCUCCAGGCCCUAUGAACACUAAGUGGCAUCGUAACUGUCUGGCUUGUUCAACAUGUAAAACCAAGCUUGAUUCUCAUGCCAAGAUGCUGGAUACUACUCCGUAUUGCUGGAAGUGUUUGUGA